CAUCUUACCAAAAAAAGAACCUCGUUAUCCCAUUUACCUAAGACUUGCUUUGUCUUACCCUCUCACACGCUCCUAUAAUCUUUUACUACAAAUCUCUUUAUAUUCUUUUACUUCCACUCUUCAUUUAACACAACACACACUUCACUUUAAAGUCUUCAAAAAAUGCACCAAAACACCACACAAAAAUGCUACUUUACUUUACCACCAUUACAGAUCUGAAACUCCAUGAAUCUUCAAAACAACAGAUUUUGAUUUCUGGGUUUUGUUCUUUGGCCUAUUGGGUCAUAGAAAAACCAUUCUUUUUUUAAAAUUUCUAAAAUAAAAAAAAUGGGGUCUAGUAGUAGCAAAACCAGUUCUUCUUGUAGCUCUUCAUCUUCUUCUUGCAGUUUAAGAAAAGGUCGAUCCAAACGGUAUAAAGGUUUUCCUUCUUAUUGUCUUGGAACUACUUCUGGAUCUCGUGACAGUGAUAAUGAUGACCAGGUUUGUGAUCAGAAUAAAGUAAAUGGAAGUGAUGUUACAUACACCAGUAGCAAUGAAAUUGACUCGGAUGAAGUGAAAUCAGAGUCUUUUAGAAAAGUUAAACCUGAAGAAAUACCCUGUAUGCCUUCUAACAUUGAUCUUGAUGAGUGGAGUCGCACCGAAUCCAGAACCGCUAGCAGCUCUGCACAUGGUUCUUCAACUCAAUCCACUAAUCCUGCAAGUCGUUUCCUUUCUCGUUUUAGCAUCAUUCCGGGUAAUAUAAGCUUCAGACUUAGCAGAACCACCAGUUUAGGGUCAUCUCGACCUUGUCCUGUUUCAUCGGCAAGUCUUUCGAUAUUUAACAAUGAAGACGAGCUUAGUCUGCAUCCACGGCCUCAUGACUUGCUUAAUGCGUCUUUUGUUAAUCAAGUCCCUAUAGAGAAUCAUGAAAAUGCUUCUAAUAAUUUAAGUUCAAAUGUCCCGACAUUCGGUUUGGAUCGCAACUUGUCGAGUCCAAUGCUGUCUCCUAUCCAAGAUAUGGUUAGAGAUGGAUAUGCUACGCGAGACAUGCCUGGUGUGAACAUGUUUUCUCCAAGAAUUCAUACUGAGACAGGAAAUGCUGAGACUAGACAAAUAGAUAGACGAAAUGGAGCCCGAGAACCUGUUGAUCGCAAUGUUCGUUUCAGCCGAACUUUAAGUGUCGGAAGGCUUCGUGAUAGAGUUCACCGCCGAUCAGGAUUGGCUGACUUCAACUUUUGCCCUCUGACACAAGAGAGAGAACUGAGAGAUGCUAGUGAGGAUAAUGGGAGACAAGUAGGGGAGAGGGGUACAAGAGUGUCACCAUCUGAUCGCAAUGCUUUAAAUUCUCAUACUACAUCCGGAUAUCCUUUACCAAACAUGUCUAGCUCUCCGUUUACCACCCAAGACUAUGAGGUCGAGGCUUCAAGAUCAAGAGAAACUAGAUAUCAGGAUCUACUGGAACAUAGGUCUAAUUUCCUCGAACGGAGAAGAAGAAUACGAUCUCAGGUUCGUGCUCUUCAGCGGUUGGGUAGCCGGUUCGAAAAUCUUUCUGGACAUGACAGAUCAUGUAUCUUGUCUGGUCAACAUAGAAACGGUCGUUGUACAUGCAGAUUAACUAGUCGCGAUAACAAUUCAAAUUCAAACGAUGAUACAAAUGCUAGAGCUAGCAUAUCAAGAAUUGUUAUGCUAGCUGAAGCCUUAUUUGAGGUUCUGGAUGAAAUUCAUCAGCAAUCAGUGGUUUUAUCUUCCCGCCCUUCUGUAUCUUCUAUCGGAUCUGUUCCUGCACCUGCUGAAGUUGUCGAAUCCUUACCUGUCAAAUUAUACACAAAGUUGCAAAAACAUCAAGAAGAACCUGUACAAUGCUAUAUAUGCCUUGUGGAGUACGAAGAUGGAGACAGCAUGCGAGUACUUCCUUGUCAUCAUGAAUUUCAUACAACAUGUAUAGACAAGUGGCUGAAAGAGGUUCACAGGGUAUGCCCACUAUGUCGAGGAGACAUUUGUAUAUCAGAUUCACUACCAACAGAGAACUAAAGUUGCAAAUUGUUAAUCACAAUACACACUUAUGUAACUAUGUGUAUCAGAAUCAGCUCAACCUUGUAUUCUCAUUGUUGUCAAUGAUUAUUUGAUCCAAUUUCUCAAUAAUAAACAUCAAACAUUGAUAGCAUACACUGAAGAAAAAUCUUCCUCUAAUUGACACAGUGAAGAUGGCUCUUGAUUCACUGAUGUAACUGCGUGAUACUGAUACAGUUACAUGUAGUUAAUAAUAGAGAAAUAUCAACUAUUAGUUUGAUAUCAGAUGGCUCAAA